CCAUGCUCCAACGUUGCAUGCAUCACCCUGUCCCCGCACACGCGGGAUGGGGUCUCUGCCCGACCUCUCCCCCUCAUGCAGGGGAGGGAUAUUUUUGAUGCUACUUUGGUUUUUAAGCACAGGCGGUGGUUUUUCCUCCCCCCCUUGCAGGGCAGAGGAUGGCCUCAGCCCUCCCGCUGCUGCUGCUCUGGGUGUUUGCUCCCACGGUGGUCCCGGAGGUGUUUGGCCCCGGAGAUGGCACAGAGGACCUCAAGGCUCUGCAGGUCUCCAUCCCGCGCCAACCAGCCCUCGACGCCGUGCUGGCGGGUGACAUCACCAUCCCCUGCCUCAUCACCUACCUCGGCCCCCAGCCCACCGCCGGCACGGCUGGCCGCCGAGCGGUCCUGGGAACCCCCCGGGUUAAGUGGACCUUCAUCUCUGAGGGCAGGGAGGUGGAGAUCUUGGUAGCCCGGGGGGACAGGGUGAAGGUGAGCGAGGACUAUCGCCUCCGCGCCUCCCUGCCCAUCUUCCACCAGCGCUACACCAACGCCUCCCUGCUGCUCACUGAGCUGCGGCCCAACGACUCGGGGAUCUACCGCUGCGACGUGCAGCACGGCAUCGAGGACGGCCACGACAUCCUCGAUGUCAAAGUCAAAGGGGUGGUGUUUCACUACCGGGAGGGCUCCAUGCGCUAUGCCUACACCUUCGCCGAGGCGCAGGAAGCUUGCGCCAGGAUCGGCGCCCACAUCGCCACCCCCGAGCAGCUGUACGCUGCCUACCUCGGCGGCUACGAGCAGUGCGAUGCCGGCUGGAUCGCUGACCAGACCGUCAGGUACCCCAUCCACACGCCCCGCGAGGCCUGUUACGGAGACAUGAACGGCUUCCCCGGGGUGAGGAACUACGGGGUGGUGGACCCAGAGGACAUGUACGACGUGUACUGCUACGCCGAGGACCUCCCAGGGGAGAUCUUUUUGGAGACGGCCCCAGACAAAUUCACGCUGGAGGAGGCUGCGGCGCGCUGCCGGGCGCUGGGCACGGAGUUGGCGAGCACGGGGCAGCUCUACGCGGCUUGGAGCGCGGGGCUGGACGCCUGCAGCCCUGGCUGGCUGGCCGACGGCAGUGUCCGCUACCCCAUCGUCACCCCCCGGGAACGCUGCGGCGGGGCUCUGCCGGGCGUCAAAACCAUCUUCCUCUUCCGCAACCAGACGGGAUUCCCCGAUGCCCAGAGCAGAUACGAUGCGUACUGCUUUCGAGAGGAGGAACAGGGAGCAGCGCCGGGCCGGGACCCCGGUGGCACAUCGGCGGAGAGCCCGGGUGGAGGACAAGUCCCCAGCCAGCCCACGGAGCCGGAUGGAGCCGCUGGCACGCAAACGCUCUCCAUGGCCCCGCAGGCGGGUGCAGAGGGACCCACUGGUGCCCCGUCCCCGGCGGAGGCCGCAGCAGAUAGCCGAGAGGCUGGUGGGACCCCCCCCUACGACCACGAGUCCCAAGGGGUGAGCACCCCGAUUCCCGCUGCCGAAGACGCCGAGCUCUCCGGAGACGUGGUCGAAAGCCCCGGGGUGUCCCCGCUGCCCCCCGCGCCCUCGCAGCCUCAGGAGGAGGGAGAGGAGCAGUCGGGGGCCCUGUGGCUCCCCUCACCUGUGGCCCCAGGGGACGGGAGCACCGUCCCCGCGGCGGAGGUGACGGCGGUCACCCCGUGGCACGUGGAGGCACCCGGCAGCAGCAGCGCGCCAGCCGUGGGAGGCGAGGAGGCUGUGCCGCGACCCCCGGGCACUGACCGCGGGAUGUCUACUGCAUCUUCGGAAGAGGAGGAGGAGGAAGAGGAGGAGGAGGAAGAGCAACCUGCUCCCUCCGUUGCAACCGUGGAGGGUUUCCUUGCAGCCGUUCCUGGAGAACCAGGUGGCUGCGUCCCCAACCCCUGCCUGAAUGGAGGGACCUGCACGGAGGACGGUGCCCGCCUCGCCUGCCUGUGCCUGCCCGGCUACGGAGGCAGCAGCUGUGAAAGACCGCUGGAGAAGUGCAGCUCCGGCUGGGACGGCUUCCAGGGAGCCUGCUACAAGCACUUCUCUACCCGGAGGAGCUGGGAGGACGCGGAGACCCAGUGCAGGCAUUACGGGGGACACCUGGCCACCAUCCUGACCCCCGAAGAGCAGGACUUCAUCAACGACCAGUACAGGGAGUACCAGUGGAUCGGCUUGAACGACCGGACCAUCGAGGGGGAUUUCCAGUGGUCCGACGGGACCCCCUUGCUCUACGAGAACUGGCACCCCGGGCAGCCCGACAGCUACUUCCUCUCCGGGGAGAACUGCGUGGUCAUCGUGUGGCACGACGGGGGCCAGUGGAGCGACGUGCCCUGCAACUACCACCUCUCCUACACCUGCAAAAUGGGGCUGGUGCAGUGCGGGCCGCCCCCCGCCGUCAGCAACGCCCGCGCCUUCGGCAAACCAAAGCAGCGCUACGAGAUCGGCUCCAUCGUGCGGUACCAGUGCCGCCACGGCUUCGUCCAGCGCCGUUCGCCCGUCAUCCGGUGCCAGGAGGACGGGACGUGGGAGCCACCCCAGCUGGCCUGCCGCCCCGGCCUGGCUCAGCCCCCAGAUGAUUGAGAGAGUCCCCAGGGCAGAAGCCACCACCUCCCCGGGGCCCUGGAGCCGGCGCGGAUGGGGACGGCACCGGGAUGCCAGCACGGACCCCGGCAUGGCAUGAGACCUCACUGCUGGGUGUCUGCCUCCUUGUUUGUUUUAUAUCUGUACAAAGAAAUCCUAAUAACUAAAGAUCCCCUCGAAAGGAACCGACAGCGACCCAAAAUGUAGCACAAGGGGUGUUUUGUUCCCAGAGUCGAAAUCAAGGGGGGGACCGCCGGCGGGUGAUGGCAUUGAUGUGCCAGCGUCACCUCCAGCCGCUUUCUCCCACCUCUGGCCCAAGGGUCCUCAUCCUGUGACACCCUGGUGGGGGUGACUCGGGGACAUCCAAGCUGUGCUGCAGCUCAGCACCCGUCCCGGGGUGCAGAGGGGCUUUUGCACUUCCCAGGAAAGGCAGAAGCCUCUGCUGCAGGCUCGGAGUGGGUACGCGUCACCCAAACCCCCUCUCUGUGCUUCUGUGGGUAUUAAAACCA